AUGGACGUGAAGAGAGAGGUAAGACAGGGUGAUACAAUCUCACCUAAAAUAACUCACUCUAAAAUAUUCACAGCCACUCUCGAGAAGGCAAUGCGAAAACUAGUAUGGUACGAUAUGGGAGUGAAGGUUGAUGGUCGGCAGCUACUCCAUUUGUGCUUUGCUGUUGUUAUCGUUAUGAUAACACCUAGCAUCAACCAAGUGGAACGAAUGCUGACCGAUUUCGACGAAACAUGUGGAUGCAUCGGUCUUCAGCUGAAUCUGCAAAAGACGUGA